UCACAAGUCACUUUUUUCAGUGCCGUUGUAGCUUUCAAUGGUCACUAAAUGAACUGUUGUAAGUUAAGGACUUCUUAUAAUGAAGCAUAGCAUGAAUCAAUAUUUUCAUAUUCCAUAUUUUUAAUUGGAGAAGCAAUUGUGCAUUUUCUAACAGCAAAAUACAAUAUGUACAAAUGUUAUCUUUAUAAAACCAAUCAAAAUGUCACAAAACAGUAAUGAAGCCUGCAAGACUUGGCAACCCGUGACUAUGUGCAAUCAAGUUGAUGUCAAUUUUUAGUGACCAUACAGACAUAUUUCCUACAGGAUGAUCAGUUCCCCAACAUGGUACACUGCCCAGAGUCACCUCUUGCAAGAUGGAAAGCCAUAUAAAUGUAUUCUAUAUAAUAAACAAAAUAUAAUAAUGUCCAACAAUGUACCCAGUGCUGCUGUAAUUAAGUCCAUCUACAUUGCGGUCUUCCUCUUCUUCUCUUUCCUGCCAUCCUUCAAACAUUAUAGAAUUUAUAAGACAGUAAGGUCUUCACAUCAUGUGUCCAAACUAGGAUAAUCUGAGUCUGAGCAUUUCUGCCUUAAAUGAAACUAUAAACUGAGGAUUACUCAUACCUGUUAGUUUGGUCUUUUUCAUAUUUAAACUUAGUCCAAUUUUUUCACUGUGCUUCUUGACUUUCAUUACUAAAGACUGCAGGUCAUUUGCAUGUUCAGUUAUUAGAAUAGUGUCACCAGUAUAGAGAAGGCUCCUCACGUUUCUCCCUUCUUUGGUAUUGGCAUAUAGACUGAAUUUUUUAAAUCAAUUAUUAUCUGUUCAUGGACACCCUUUACCAAUUCAAGGUUGGAAUCACCUUCUGAGUUCAGAGAUCUUUCAGAAGCCUUUGCUUUUCCUUAUCUGUUUUCAUUUUCACCGUCUUUACAUGUGGUUGUAAUAUUGCCCCUUGUCCCUUAUAACAGCACUCUGAAAUUCUUUGUUAAAGUUCCCUCCUGGUAUCUUUGGCUUUCUUGGUGUUGGUUUUUCUCUCCAUGGCAUUUUUUGCAAUUUGCUCUACAUCCAAUUUCAUCAAAUUUCUUCCUUCAUCUUUGUAGCAAUCUCUUCAUAUUUAUUCCUUAUUUCUUUGAUUGUAUUUCACAUUCUGGUUCCUUGUCAAUAAUGUUCAGGACUCUAAAGGAAUUUCUAACAUUCUUGAAAAUGGUGAGUAUAUGUUCAAAAUUAUGUAGACUGGUCAACUUUAUUUUUCUGUUUAGGUUGGUGAUCUGUUUUCUACAACACCCCUGGCCGUAUCUUCACUGUUAUAACUGAUCUCUUCCACUAAGUUUGAUUCCUGUUUACUUCCAUCUGGUGAGGUCCAUAUAUAAAGACAUCAAUUUGGUUGUUGAAACCAAAGAAAUCAUUAGAUUGGCAAAAAUUGCUCCAACAGAUUCUCCAGACUUUUCAGCAACCUCCUAAACCUCAGUCUCCAGUAAUAGAUAAUAAUGUAAUGGCUCAGGUUCAAGCUAUCACAGCUCAGCUGCAGACCAUGACAACACAACCAUCAGAACAAAAGCAUGAUUUCCAAAUACCAGAACAAAAAACAUCUUUUGAUAAGCUGUUGGAUGGCUUUGACUAUGAUGAUGAACCAGAAGCAGUAGAAGAUACAAAAAAAGAAGAGGCCACACCUUCUCCUUCACUCUCUCAACCAACAUUUGGAUUUCCAGGUGAAGGCUUACAACCACCAGUUUAUCCUCAGCUUCCAAAUAUAGAUCAGUUUCAGCAGAGAAUGCUGGGAAUGCAACAGGAUGCAAUGCUUCACCAGGUAAUGGAAACAUUUCCAUUAGAUUAAUUCUUAUUUUUUCAAAAUAUCUAACUAUCUGUCUGUCUGUCCGUCUGUCCGUUGGUCCGUCCGUCCGUCCAUCCAUCCAUCCAUUCUUAUAUAGCAGCCCAUCUAAUGCAGUAGCGUAAGUAUACUCAUCUUGCAGGUUGCUAGAUAAAGUGCUAGACAAGACUCUCUUUUAUAAAUAUUAUUUUCAGUGUAUUCUUUAGCCCAU